AUGGCCAAUGUGUCUGCAAUUACCUGGGAACCGUGCCUCACCAUUGCAACAGCUCCGAAGGACUGCGAUUGCGAGAAGAAGAAACAGGCCAGUGUCAGUGUCUCCCCAAUGUGGCUGGACAGGAAUUGUGAUCAUUGCGCCCCAAACACAUGGAAUCUGAGCAGUGGGACCGGAUGCGAAACCUGCGCCUGUAAUCCGGAACAUUCCUUCGGCCCGUCUUUGCACGAGUUCACUGGGCAAUGCCAAUGUAUGCCAGGAUUCGGGGGCACCUGUACGGAAUGCCAGGAAUAUUUCUGGGGUGACCCUACCAUCGGCUGCCAAGCUUGCGAGUGCGAUUCCCGAGGCAUCCAGACUCUCCAAUGUAACGUCAACGGCCAGUGCAUCUGGGGAAGCGUCGAAGGUCCACGUUGUGAUAAAUGCCGAGGCUACUCGGGAAUCUUCCAGACUGUGCCCUUGCCAUCAGUGUUUGCUCUCUGGGACGUCAUCGUCACCGAGUUGAAUAGGACCCAGAGAUUCCUGGAAGAGGCAAAAGUCCAUGAGAUCACGGGGGUGGGGAGCGGCCCCUACCGAGAGACCCUCAGCUCGGUGGAGGAGAGACUGAACGAGAUCAAAAGCAUCAUUGCUCAAAAUCCCGCGACCGAGCCCCUCAAGGACAUUGGGACCUCUUCGAAGAGCAGAGUAAGUAGGGCCGCGGCAUCCGGAGCCCGUUGCCUCUCUUAG